AUGUCAGGCGUUGUGGUGUCUCUGUGUCUGCUAGCGGUCUUUGUGCUGCUGUGUGAGCUGAGCAGGAGAAUCUUAACCAAGCUACUAGCUCCCAAAGGGCUGUGUCUGUCUGCUGUUUACGCCGUGGAGCUGGUCUCUACGCUGCAGUUGUGUAUCUGCAACCUAGAGCUGCGUCUAUUGGGGGAGGUGGGCCGGCUGCAGCCUCAGUUCUGUCUCAGCCUCACAUAUCUGGCAUCUGUGGUCCAUGGCCUCACCUUCCAUGGAGCCCUGGGGAACCCCUGUAGCACGCUGGAAUACACGUACCGGGGACGCCUCACUGCCAGGAGCGGUGUGCUGAGGAUGGUGUGCCAGUUCAUGGCAGCUAGCGUGGCUCGUACCAUGCUACAGGGGCUGUGGGCCCUCGGUCUCUCUGACCUGCACCUGAGACACACACUCCAGGGCUUCCAAUGCAUUAGCCCCAUCCACACAGACACACACACCAGCCUGGUGCUCCCCGGCCCUCUGGUCACCGCUGCAGCUGUGGAGCUGGCAGGGGCCUUUGCCAUGCAGACCGCCUUCACACACACACACACUAUGGACCAGAGGUACCGGGUACAUGCCAUAGCAGCACUCACCGCUACCCUGACCUAUGCAGGUGGCAAGAUGACGGGGGCUGUGUUUAACCCUGCGUUGGCCCUCUCCACCCAGUUCUCCUGCAGUGGGCACUCCUUUCUGGAUUACUGCCUGGUCUACUGGCUGGCUCCUCUACUAGGUAUGAUGUGUUCGGUCCUGUUGUUUGAUCAGAUGUUGUCUGGUAGAGCUUCUCCCUACCGCCCCCUUCUGGCUAACAAGAGGAAAUGA